AUGCUCUCGAGAUCCUUGGUCGCACUUGGUGUGCUCGCACUCGCGUCUUCUGUCGUUGCCGCGCCUGCAGCGUCAAGUACAAGCGCUGCUUCGAGUGCUUCUUCGAGUGUUGCUUCAAGUGUUGCCUCGGCAAGCUCAGCAGCGACUUCGUCCGCAAAUGCGACUGCCCCGCCCUCUUCAGCCACGUCAGCAACUGCCACUUCUGGAUCUGUAGAUGACGAGCAGUCUGCUACUACUCUCAAUCCUGCCGUGAUUGCAACUGGCUUUGCCGAGGACGGCCAACAGGUUCCUACAGCGGGCCAGGUCGCAUCCCUGACAUCGAAGAACAACUUCAUCAACUUCUGCUUGACCGUCAACAAGCCCAUCACGAAUGGCGAGCAGAUCAAGACUGGCUCGUGCAACCCAGCGCCAAUGGGUGUCAUCGCUGCGACAACCAACAUGCCAUCUUCAAAGUUCCAGUUCCCCAAGAAUGGCGAUACAAUCAAGGCGGACCAGACAUUCACAGUGCAGAUGGCAGUCAGCAACCUCGAAACAGGCAACCUCGUUAACGAGAACACUAACUUUUAUGCCGCGCCGCAGCAAGUUAAUGCUCAAGGCAACAUCAUUGGACAUUCAAGGAUUGCCAUUGAGCAGCUCGACAGUCUCAACCAAACAACUCCGACCGAUCCGAACAAAUUCGCGUUCUUCAAAGGCAUCUCCGCACCAGCAGUUAAUGGAGUGCUAUCAGCAGACAUUACGGAAGGUCUUCCUGCUGGCUUCUACAGGUUGGCCUCCGUCAAUUCUGCAGCAAAUCUGCAGCCAGUCCUUGUCGCUGUCGCUCAACACGGUUCUCUUGAUGACAUGGUUUACUUCACGGUCGCGUGA